ACUAACUUGCAAUUGACUGUCAUAGCCCCACAUAAAAAGGUGCCGUGGCUGAGUAUUGGAGAGGGACAAGACACAGAGUUGUUCUGGGACUAUUUGACUGUUAAGGAAUACGAUUUCGCCACCAUCACCAUGGGAACAGUUGGAUCAAAACCAGGAAAGCAGAAACAGAGCACAGGGGAUUCAACAAAGAAGGGUUAUGACUCAACUGCAGAGCAAGAAAACCCUUUACAGACAGAAACUCAUCUCAAACUAUCUCCAAAGAAAGAAAUAUUUCAAGCACGCUCACAUGAAGAGGAUGUUACUCUGGAUAUGGACACAGCUCACCCUAAGCUGAAGAUAGAUGGGAAAUCACUACAGUGGACUAAUGAAUCACCACAGAGAAAAGUUGACAUUGAGAAUUGUUUUAAUGAUGAGCCUUUUGUGUUGGGCAAUAUUGGAAGUCCUUUGAAGACUUACUGGGAGGUGAACGUAAAGGAGAAGGAUGACUGGGUGCUUGGCGUUGCCAAGGCAACAGCUAACAGGAAGGGGACGUUGGUUUUCAGUCCAAGUAAUGGCUUCUGGGUAAUCAGACUAUCCAAUGGAAAAAGACUUAAAGCCAUGGAGGAUGAAGAACAUGUUCUUGAGAAAGGUAUUCCAGAUAAAGUCGGUAUCUAUCUAGAUUAUCAGGAAAGGAAGGUGACUUUCUUUAGUACAGAAGAAGGCUCGCUCAUCUACUCAUUUAUCAAUGGACCAAGUUAUCAGGAUGAUGUCCGUCCACUUUUCUCACCCUGGAACAAUGAUGCAAAACCAAUCACAAUUUUGUCCAACACGGCAACAUAGAAAAACAUAAAUGAUUGCAUUCCCUGUCUGUCAAUAUCAUGUCGUGGUUGAAAGCUAUGCGAAUAAUUUUUGAUUAAGUCAUAUCCAGAAUUGUGGAUGACUUUCUAUGAUAAUUUACUGUCAUCUAACCAGGCAUCAACGUUGUGUCCAUAUCCUUUACUAAUGUAUUAAUGCUCCGACAUUCCGACCUGAAGAUUACUGACAUCAUGAUUUGACAUCGUAUUUGUCCGAGUUCCCUGUUGUCUUGAAAGCACUAUAAAACUCAUGGUACCCUUCGCCAGCGGAUAUCUGUGUGAAGCUGGAUUUAAUACUCUCGUCUGCAUUAAAACCAAAUAUCGAUCCAGGUUGGAUGUGACAGCAGAGAUGAGUUGCGCACUAUCGACCACGCCCCUGACUUUGAGAAGCUCCGGCGCGACAUGCAUUAAGCACAUACCAUCUCAUUAGUGCUGGUGAGAUAAGAUACAUCGGUGGCGACUGUCAUUCAGGGCAGGUGGGGCAGAAACCACGACAGGUGAUUCACCACCUGUUUUUUUGGGGCCUGUUUUGCAUGUUAUUUUCAUACGUGUCACAUAUCAGUUUGCAAACAAUGUAAAAAAAACAACAACAUUUAAUUAAUAAAGCCUUAUGCAAA